AGAACAGUGAUUUAAAUGAAGAAAAACAAAGGUUAUUUGAGUGAAGGAUCAAAGCAACGCCGGGCUUGUUCUGGCUGUGGAAAAUGUGACUGCAGUGGAGUAAAAGGGCAAAAAGGUGAAAGAGGUUUGCCUGGGCUACAAGGUGUGGUUGGAUUUCCUGGAAUGCAAGGACCUGAAGGUCCUCCUGGGGCACCAGGAAUUAAGGGUGAUACUGGAGAACCAGGACUACCAGGAACAAAAGGAACAAGGGGCCCACCCGGUGCAUCGGGAUUUCCAGGAAACCCAGGUCUUCCGGGCAUCCCUGGACAAGAUGGCCCACCAGGUCCACCUGGUAUCCCAGGAUGCAAUGGCACAAAGGGUGAAAUAGGUCCUGUUGGUCCUCCAGGUUUUCCUGGAUUGGUUGGGAUCAUAGGACCUCCAGGACCUCCUGGUAUUAAGGGAGACCCGGGUGAAGUAAUUGGGCAAGUACCAUGGGAUGUGCUAAAAGGUGAAAAAGGUUUUCCUGGCCAGUCUGGACUACCAGGUACACCUGGAUUGCCAGGGCUCCAAGGCCCAAUAGGGCCACCAGGUCCCUCAGGAGUUGAAGGUCCCCCAGGGCCUCCAGGAGAUCGGGGUGAGAAGGGUUAUAUGGGCUUGAGUUUUCAAGGACAAAAAGGUGAUAAGGGUGACCAAGGACCUAUGGGCCCUCCAGGACCACCAGGACCUACUGAGGCAUUCGAAGGGAAAGGGAUCACAGUACAUCAUAUGUAUGGACCGAAAGGUGAAAAAGGUGAAAAAGGUGAUACUGGGCUUUCAGGAGAUAAAGGUGCAGAAAUCAAAGGGGAAAAAGGUGAAACUGGGAAACCUGGAUCACGAGGAAAACCUGGAAAAGAUGGCGAGCAGGGACCAAAAGGAGAACCUGGCAAGGAUGGUGAGUUUGGAUAUCCAGGACGACCUGGUGAACCUGGUCCUAAGGGAGAUAAGGGUGUACAAGGUCUUCCGGGACUUCCAGGAAGAGUAAUAGGUACUGGAACAGUGGAUACUUAUGGUGAAAAAGGAGACAUGGGUCUUACAGGUCCUCCAGGAAUCAAAGGUGAACAAGGUCAAAAAGGCUUGCCAGGUAUAGAAGGAUUACCAGGUCCUCCAGGUUUACCUAGCCCAGGGACAAGAGGUCCUCCAGGAUUCCCUGGUGAGAAAGGUGAAAAGGGUGACCAUGGACUUCCAGGGCUCUCUCUGCCUGGACCAGCUGGAAGAGAUGGUUUACCAGGGUCUCAGGGUUAUCCAGGGCCUCCGGGACCACCAGGCAUAACAAAUGGAAUCCUGGAAUGUCAGCCUGGAGAACCUGGUGAUCGAGGUUUUCCUGGACCUCAAGGGCAACCUGGAUUGACAGGAGAGAGAGGAGAUAAAGGUGAUAAAGGUGAUGGUUGUGCCUUGUGUGAUGGAGCUGGGCUUCCUGGACAACCAGGGCCACAAGGACCACCGGGUCCACCAGGCUUUCCAGGACAGCCAGGUGCCAAAGGAGAGAGGGGUGUUCCUGGUCUCAAUGGUCCUGAAGGAUUUCCUGGACCUCCAGGUACGCGCGGAUUGAUUGGUAGCCCAGGAGCAAAAGGAGAGCCUGGAGACAUUUAUAUUGAUACUAAUCUCAAAGGUGAUAAAGGAGAUCCUGGGUUCCCAGGACAACCAGGCGUUCCUGGAAGAGAAGGAAGGCCAGGAAGAAAUGGCCAGCCAGGUCUCCAGGGCACUAAAGGGGCAUCGGGUACGAUUGGACUUAAAGGAGAACGUGGUCCCCCUGGCUCAGGUGGAUUUCCUGGAGUACGUGGUGAAAGAGGCCAGCCUGGCCUUCCAGGGAUAGGGCCUGCUGGGCCAGCUGGCGACAAAGGAGAUAGAGGCUUUCCAGGAAACCCAGGUGUACCAGGCCUUCCAGGGCUAAAGGGAGAAGCAGGACAAAUCAUUCCUCUGCCUGGUCCCCCAGGGUCAGAUGGCCUCCCAGGGCCACGUGGCUUCCCCGGAGGCCAAGGUGACAGGGGGGAUCCUGGGAUUCCAGGAAGACCUGGACUUUCAGGAGAAAAAGGUGCUACUGGGCAGCCAGGAGUAGGGUUCCCUGGGCCAACUGGCCCAAAAGGUUUUCCGGGUCAGCCGGGUGCAUCAGGUCAGCCCGGGGCAAAAGGGAAUCCUGGCUUUGAUGGUUUACCAGGCACACCAGGUUUACCUGGUCAAAAAGGUGAACCUGGAGUAGGUCUCCCAGGUCCUAAAGGACUGCCAGGCCCACAGGGUCCCUCUGGCAUCCCUGGAGAAAAAGGAAAUGCUGGUUUGCCUGGCUUACGAGGAGAGCAAGGAUUUUCAGGUGUACCUGGUCAACCAGGAAUCCAAGGUGACCCAGGUUCCGCUGGAUUACCAGGUCCACAAGGUGCCCCAGGUGUGCCAGGAAUAGGCCCUCCAGGGCCUCCGGGGCCUGCAGGUGGACCAGGGCCUCAGGGACUAUCAGGAUUUCCUGGAACUAAGGGAGAGAAGGGCUACCCGGGUCUUCCUGGACUAGAUAUGCCAGGACCAAAAGGAGAGAAGGGUAGCUCUGGCCAGGGUGGGCCACCAGGUGUGCCAGGUUUACCUGGCACACCUGGUUUACAAGGAAAAGAAGGAUUUCCAGGCUCUCAAGGCAUCAAAGGAGAAAUGGGAGUCAUGGGAACCCCUGGAAUACCAGGUGCUCCUGGGCCAGUAGGAAAUCCAGGUGUACGGGGUGAAAAAGGUUCUUCAGGUUUUCCAGGUACGUCAGGGGCACGAGGUGAUCCUGGUUUCAAAGGGGAUAAAGGUGAAGCAGGUCUACCAGGAAAGCCAGGAAAAAUGACUGAAGUAGACAUGAACAAUUUGAAAGGCCAAAAAGGAGACCAAGGAGAAAAAGGACAAGAAGGACAAACAGGAGAAAGGGGAAGUCCGGGGGAUUAACCUGCCCUACCUGCCCUCCCAGGACUUCCAGGACGAAAAGGUGAUCAAGGCCCUCCAGGAUACCCAGGAGACCCAGGAUUUCCAGGACCAAAAGGGACAAUUGGAGAAAUGGGUUUGCCAGGAACACCCGGAGAAAAAGGCGUGCCAGGUGUGCCAGGCUUAGCAGGUCAGCCGGGAUUCCCUGGAUUACCAGGUGAAAAGGGAGAAAAAGGAGAGUCAGGUAUUCCAGGGAUUGGCAUUCCAGGUUCUCCGGGUGAGAAGGGAGAACAAGGAAGGCCAGGUGUUCCAGGCUUCUCUGGUGACAAAGGGGCAAAAGGAGUCCCUGGCACUGCAGGAUAUCCAGGCAGUCCAGGGAGCCAGGGAGCAAAGGGUGAAAAAGGACUCUCUGGCUUGGAUGGCAUUCAGGGUUUAAAAGGAGAAUCCGGUGAACCUGGCCCACAAGGUCCUCCUGGGGUCCCUGGACAUAAAGGUGAACCUGGUUACGAUGGAAUCCCAGGUUCGCCUGGACCAAAGGGUGAUCCAGGUGGUCCAGGGAGAGGGCUUCCAGGAUAUCCUGGUGCAAAGGGAGAUAAAGGUACAAAAGGUGAUGUAGGUUUUCCAGGAUCUCCGGGAAUCCCAGGGAUUCCUGGCUCCAAAGGAGAAGCAGGAUCUGUUGGUCCACGGGGUUCUCCAGGCCAACAAGGCUUUCCAGGAUUACCAGGCAGACCAAUGGAAGGUCCUAAAGGAGAUAGAGGACCCCAAGGUCAACCUGGACUUUCAGGUGCACCAGGUCCAGUGGGAUCACCAGGACCUCCAGGACUAGAAGGAGCCAAAGGAGAAAAAGGAAACACAGGUUGGCCAGGAGCACCUGGAAGAAUUGGAAUCAAAGGUGAUCAAGGACUGCAAGGCACUCCUGGUAGUGCUGGUUUUCCAGGAGGUAUUGGUCUAAAGGGUGAUAUGGGACCACCAGGAGUUCCUGGGUUUCAAGGUCCAAAAGGGGCUCCUGGCUUCCCAGGUAUCAAAGGAGAGCAAGGUGACCAAGGUUUUCCUGGCUCUAAAGGUUUACAAGGUCCCCCAGGUCUCCCUGGUCAUUAUGAACUUCUUAAAGGGGAACCAGGUUUACCUGGGCCUGUCGGACCAGUUGGUCUCAAAGGGUUCCCUGGAGUUCCAGGUCCCAAAGGACAACAAGGAGUGACAGGACCCGAGGGUAUACCUGGACAACCUGGUAUUCCAGGGUUUGAUGGCAAACCUGGUCAGAAAGGAGAACCUGGUCCUGCUGGUCCCCCAGGUCCACAAGGAACCAGAGGUCCACCAGGCCCAGAGGGUUUACCAGGGUCAAUGGGCCCACCAGGCACAGCAUCUGUCGCUCAUGGCUUCCUCGUUACCAGACACAGUCAAUCCAUUGAAGAACCAGAAUGCCCACCUGGAACUAAACUGAUGUACUAUGGAUACUCCUUACUUUAUGUACAAGGCAAUGAGAGAGCACAUGGUCAGGAUUUGGGCACAGCAGGGAGCUGUCUUCGUAAAUUUAGCACUAUGCCAUUCUUGUUCUGCAACAUCAAUAAUGUGUGCAACUUUGCAUCGAGAAAUGACUAUUCCUACUGGCUGUCUACGCCUGAGCCCAUGCCAAUGAGUAUGGCUCCUAUCACUGGUGACAAUAUCAGGCCAUUCAUCAGUAGAUGCUCUGUGUGUGAGGCUCCUGCCAUGGUAAUUGCUGUUCACAGCCAAACUGUUCAAAUACCUAUGUGCCCUGAAGGCUGGAUGUCUCUUUGGAUUGGUUACUCCUUUGUAAUGCAUACUAGCGCUGGUGCUGAGGGUUCUGGACAAGCUCUGGCAUCUCCAGGUUCCUGUCUCGAGGAGUUCCGCAGUGCUCCAUUCAUAGAAUGCCAUGGUCGUGGGACUUGUAACUAUUAUGCAAAUGCUUACAGCUUUUGGCUUGCCACUAUAGAGAGAAAUGAGAUGUUCAAGAAACCUACUCCUUCAACUCUGAAAGCAGGAGACCUGCGCUCAAACAUUAGCCGUUGUCAAGUCUGUAUGAGAAGAACAUAAUGACAUUUGAAUUUCAACUAAUGUCACAAUAUGGUGCUAUUUGUUAAACAGCAAUGAAGCCUAGACUUAUAUCAUAUGUACCUCAUUGUUGUCCAAUAUGAAAACAGUAAAGUGCCUUAUAGAAACUUGCAUAACUAACACUCACUGCUUUACUGGCCCUGUACUUGCCGAAGAAGAAAAGAGACAACAAAGAUGAGCUUCAAAUGUUGACAUACCAAAUGGCACUUUUGAUAAAAGAAAUGUUUAUGUAAUGCACUGACAGUAUAAAAAAAAAAAGCCAGAGUUCACUCAAAAAAAUUCAAAGGUGCUAGGAGGUAUGUUGUUAUGCCUUAUAUGCUGUUUGACUCCCCUUUCUCAUUCUUGUAUUAUAUAUUUAGAUUCAUUUUUCUUACACAGAUAUGCAUGUUGUUACCAUUGUCUCACUAUCUUAAAACUCCAGACUCUUAGGUAUGUACUUAUUGUUCCUGUACAAAGUAAUACUAAUAUAAAGAAGAGUUUUGGGAUUAUAGAUUAUGGUUAAACAGCAAGUAUCCAUCUUUUCAAAAUAUAGGGUGUCAUCCACCCUGUUUUUCUAUUGUAGUGCUUACUUCCAUCCCAGUCCUAUUAGUUUCAGUGGACUACAGUCCAAAGAAAGUGUUUGCCAAACUAGUUCCACAAAUGAGCAAUUAAAUGUUUCUGCAAUGUUUGGUACUAUGCAGCUUCUUCAUGUAGUGGAAAAAAAUUUCCUGGGAAAUAAGGAAUGGUCCAAUUGUGGUCAGGAAAAAUAUAUAUAUAUAUAUUAGUAAUUUAUAUAGGUAUCAACAAUUAGGCGAAUCAAGCUUCGAGCUUGCUAUUGUUUCAAAGGAAGCUUACAAAAUUUUUCCUCUUUUUCAAUACAGUGUCAUAAAUUAGAUGUUAAAUGCUAAAAUACUUAAUGUGAAACAUCUGUUUCUAUAGCUCAUUUCAAUUCCUAACUCUGUAUACUGCAGAGAAUGAACCCAGGUUAAUGGCUGUUUGUGUUUAUUCUAGUAAGAUGUGCCUUAAGCUUACAGUGUUUAUUCUGUAUUUAAUAUUUCAGGGUUUUAAACACUAAUCACACACUGAAUGACUUGAUAUUGCAAAUUUAAAAGGCCUUAAUUUUGUUAAUAUUUCCCCAGAAAAGUUUUUUCAGAGUGGUCUAAAGAAAUAGUUUUCUAUGCAAAUAUUCUGAUGUUUGUGCACAUCUGUGUUUAAAACUGUUUUAUAGUUAAUAACCAUGCAAAUACCAAAAUAUUUUUGAGAAUGCUAAGGCCUUUUAUGUAAUUUCUUAAAUAUGUAUUUCUUUAAAAAUCAAAUUUGUAAUAAAACUAUUUGUGUAAAUUUUUUUA